AUGUCUGCUCCCGCCAACAAGUUCAAGGUCGCCGACCUGUCCCUCGCCGCCUUCGGCCGCAAGGAGAUUGAGCUGGCCGAGAACGAGAUGCCUGGUCUGAUGGCCACCCGCCAGAAGUAUGCCAAGGACCAGCCUCUUGCUGGUGCCCGCAUUGCUGGCUGUCUGCACAUGACCAUUCAGACUGCCGUCCUCAUCGAGACGCUGGUCGCCCUCGGCGCUGAGGUCACCUGGUCCUCGUGCAACAUCUUCUCCACCCAGGACCAUGCCGCCGCCGCCAUCGCCGCUGCAGGCGUCCCCGUCUUUGCCUGGAAGGGCGAGACGGAGGAGGAGUACAACUGGUGCCUCGAGCAGCAGCUGAGCGCCUUCAAGGACGGCAAGAAGCUGAACCUGAUCCUCGACGACGGCGGUGACCUGACGCACCUCGUCCACGACAAGUACCCCGAGAUGCUCAAGGACUGCUACGGUGUCUCUGAGGAGACCACCACGGGCGUCCACCACCUGUACCGCAUGCUCAAGAAGGGCGAGCUCCUGGUGCCCGCUAUCAACGUCAACGACUCGGUCACCAAGUCCAAGUUCGACAACCUGUACGGUUGCCGUGAGUCCCUGAUCGACGGCAUCAAGCGUGCCACCGAUGUCAUGAUUGCUGGCAAGAUCGCCGUCGUCGCCGGCUUUGGUGACGUCGGCAAGGGCUGCGCCGAGGCUCUGCACGGCAUGGGCGCCCGCGUGCUCGUCACCGAGGUCGACCCCAUCAACGCCCUCCAGGCAGCCAUGGCCGGCUACCAGGUCAUCUCCAUGGACAACGCCGCCAAGCUCGGCCAGAUCUUUGUGACCACCACGGGCUGCCGUGACAUCCUCGUCAGCAGGCACUUCGAGGCCAUGCCCAACGACGCCAUUGUUUGCAACAUCGGGCACUUCGACAUCGAGAUCGACGUCGCCUGGCUCAAGGCCAACGCCGCGAGCGUGCAGAACAUCAAGCCCCAGGUCGACCGCUACCUGAUGAAGAACGGCCGCCACAUCAUCCUGUUGGCUGAGGGUCGUCUGGUCAACCUGGGCUGCGCCACCGGCCACUCGUCCUUUGUCAUGUCCUGCUCUUUCACCAACCAGGUGCUGGCCCAGAUCAUGCUGUACAAGAACGAGGACAAGGCGUUUGGCGAGAAGUACAUCGCCUUCGCCAAGACCGGCAAGCUGGAGAAGCAGGUCUACGUCCUGCCCAAGAUUCUGGACGAGGAGGUCGCCAAGCUGCACCUGGACCACGUCAACGUCGAGCUCACCGCGCUCACCCCCGUGCAGGCCGAGUACCUUGGUCUGGAUGUUGAGGGCCCUUACAAGAGCGACCACUACCGCUACUAA